GAGGAAAAGGUCGGUUUCAGGUGUAACAGCGUUGCCUUCUCCGCGAUAUCGCAGGAAGCCACUCAACUGAUUUAACUCUUAACCGCGACAAAUACAUACGAUUUCGUUUUUAUUUUUUUAAUUCCGGUUAUUUUUUCUUGGUGUUUUGUUUUUGUGAAGAGGAAAUAGAGCAACAAGUUACAAAUUAAGAGCGGUCUUGGAUCUUGAGGAAAUCCAGGUGGACCUCUUCUUCAAGAUGUAUUCCUCCCCCACAUAUGAAUUAAACGGCUACAGCAACAGUACUGAGCCCAACGUGCGCAGAAAAAGGAAUGAUCCAUCAAAGCGGAAGACGGGCAUUGUGAUCGGUGUUCUUCUGGCGGUUCUCAUCCUUGCAGCAGUUGCAGCAAUCCUCAUUUGGCUUUUUGUCUUUAAAACGCAUGAAGAAGACGAAGCCACGAUGGCGAUGCAGCUCAAACCAUCGGAACAAGUCUUUAGUGGACAAAUGAAGCUGCUUAAUGUGCCUUAUGACCAAAAACUGGAGGACACAGACAGCAGAGAAUUCAAGGAGUUGGGAAGAAACCUGGAGGCGAUUCUGGGGGAGUACUACAAAACCGAUCCAUUGCUCACAAAGUACUACAAUACGUCUGUCAUCACUGCAUUCAGUGAGGGCGUGUUAGCGUAUUACUGGUCCCAGUUCGAUAUUCCGGUAAGCGACUUGGAGAUCUUGCCGGAGUUCUCAGAGGAGCGGGUGUUGGAUGCACUGGAGAAUGGCAAUAAGGCGUCCAGAACGAUGACCCGUAGCGAUAUCCGGAUUGCCGAAAUUACCGCCUCAUUCACAGACCCUCGCAUGGCCAGGACCCCCGGAACCAACGAGUGCUUCCACAAGCUGGAGGCCGACGAAAACCCGCGCUUGUUUAAAUCGCCAGGAUACCCUGACGGCUACCCUCCCAAGUCCCGGUGUCAGUGGCAAAUCCGAACGUCAGAGGAAAACGCUAUAACUCUUAAUUUUAAAUUUUUCCACAUUGAGGAUGACUGCUCCGAUGAUUUUGUUUCGAUCUUUGACUCUUUGAGUCCUGAUGAUUCUCAGGCCAUCACAGAGAAGUGUGGUCAGAGGCCUCCCUCCAACCCUCUGAUGGUGGCGUCAUCCAGCAACAUCAUGCUGCUUAACUUCAUUACUGACAGCGACGUCCAGAGGCCUGGCUUUGAGGCCGAGUAUAAAGCCAUCCCUUUGACUGAGGUUAAAAAGUGUGGCGGUGUCCUCUCUGGAGCGAAAGGAGUCUUCACCUCCCCACUUCAUCCCAUCUUCUAUCCUCCCGCCGUGGACUGCAAGUGGACCAUCAAGGUCCCCACUGGGAACAAGGUGCGCGUGAAGUUCACCAUGUUCCGCAUGAAAGAGCCUGGGGUGGACAUCCGCGUGUGUCACAAAGACUACGUGGAACUUAUGAGCACCAAGUACUGCGGAGAAUUGUCCUCUUUGGUCCUCACCAGUGAGAACAACGUCCUAGAGGUGACCUUCCACUCCGAUGAGUCCUACACCGACAAAGGCUUCAGUGCAGAGUACAGCGCCUAUGAUCCCUCAAACCCUUGCCCCAACGAGUUUGCCUGUAACUCUGGCCUGUGCAUAGCCAAAGAACUGAAGUGUGAUGGCUGGAACGACUGUGGCGAUAUGAGCGACGAGGUCAAGUGCCAGUGCGCAAGCGACCAGUUUGCCUGUGGAAAUGGUUUGUGCAAACCGAAACUCUGGGUGUGUGAUCGCGUCAACGACUGCGGAGACGGGAGCGACGAGAAGCAAUGCAGUUGCGAAGAUACUGAAUGGCGCUGUGGGAAUGGGGUUUGCCUGCCCCGUGAUGUUACUUGCAACAAUAGGCAGGACUGUGAAGAUGGAAGCGAUGAGGCCUCUUGUGAAACCUCUCCUGGUAUCUGCUCCGACUUCAGCUUCAAGUGUUGGAACAAAGAAUGUGUCAACAAGGUGAAUGCCGAAUGUGACCGCGUCGACGACUGCUCUGACAAGUCCGAUGAGUCCAGCUGUGAUUGCGGGACCAGGCCUUACAAGCUGAACCGCAUCGUAGGAGGACAGAACGCUGAGGUAGGGGAGUGGCCCUGGCAGGUCAGCCUUCACUUCCUGACGUACGGCCAUGUUUGUGGGGCUUCGAUCAUCUCUGACCGGUGGCUCCUCUCAGCUUCCCACUGCUUUGUCACUAGCGACCCACAGAACCACAUUUCAUCCAACUGGAUCACUUACAGUGGUAUGCAGGACCAAUACAAGCAGGAGGGCGUACAGCGACGCAAUAUAAAGAGGAUCAUCUCCCAUGAGGAUUACAACAGGAUGACCUUUGACUAUGACAUUGCUCUGCUGGAGCUUGAAGAGCCACUGGAGUUCACCAACACCAUCCAGCCCAUCUGCCUACCCGCUCCCUCCCACGUCUUCCCUGCAGGCAUGGCCUGCUGGGUCACAGGCUGGGGUGCGCUCCGAGAAGGAGGUCAAAAGGCGCAGGUGCUGCAGAAGGCGUCGGUGAAAAUCAUCAAUGACACCGUGUGUAACGUGGUCACGGAGGGCCAGGUCACGUCCAGGAUGCUCUGCAGCGGAUUCUUGGCUGGAGGAGUUGACGCAUGCCAGGGAGACUCCGGGGGCCCCCUGGUGUGUUUCGAGGAGAGUGGGAAGUGGUUCCAGGCCGGCAUCGUGAGCUGGGGCGAGGGCUGUGCUCGUCGGAACAAGCCCGGUGUCUACUCGCGCGUCACCAAGCUGAGAGAGUGGAUCAAGAGCAAGACAAAUAUUUGAUGAUGAUGUGAGGAGGAGGAGGAGGAGGGAGGGAUGCAGACCAGAGAACAUCGUAGUGCUAAGAAUAAUGGAGACGGAACACUUUAGUCUGAUUCUCAAAGAUUUAUCCAUUCAGCUGUGGGCUGGGGAUCCUGUUGCGUGGCUCACAUGGAUGACUUAAAGCACUUUUGGUUGCUAACUCCCAAAUGAGCUCCUCCUAUUCACACUAAGAAUAAACACUGACAUUCUGUAUAGUUUUUAAAGGCCUUCUAAAGCAUUAUCAGUGAGUUUUACCAUGACAUGUGUCACUGGUGACUAAGAUGCAAAAAUAUGUGUAGUUUGGGAACUAUUAAUCUUUCCACCAAUUGUCCAGUGUAGCUUUUUACUAAGGAUUCAGAAUGCGGACACUUUUAUGCAUCUUUUAAAGUGUGGUUCUGUGUACAGCGUCAUUCCCUGGAAAAUAAUUUAUAUUUUUAAGUCUUCGUGUUUUAUAUAUGUCUGACCGGGCGAGAUGUCUUUUCCAUCUUGCAGCAGUGAAUGUUGAACGUUGCCUGUGGCCUCGUGCAGUGCAUGGGUAUAAGUUCGGGGUUUUACAUCAUAACGGAAGUUUCACAAAUGCAAACUGAAAAAAAGAAACUCGCAAAUAAAAUCUGUGUGGGGGCAUUUUCAUAUUACACUAAAAUGAAUGGAAACCCGACGUGGCCUCGAAGGUAGAAAAUGCAUUAAUUAGUGUAAAAGCCUAUGAUUUGCUUUGGAAAAUGUCCAGGCGUGACCAGAGUACCAGAUCUGCAGUCGAUGCACUGAAGCCGGCAAAAACCACCAGCAUGGUCCUUGAAGACUGAGACUGGAGUGAUUCCUAAGUUGUUGUUGAUCUUGAACAGGCACGCUAGAUCAGUAUUUCUAUUUUAUAUUCACAGAUGCCUCGUGCCCUUGCCACAGUCUUACACUGAAAAGGGAUAGUGGAGGAUGAGGAUUAGGUCCAGCUGGCUUUGCACAGGUCUCUAGUUAAGCUCAGGAUGAUUGAAGUCCCGCACCCCCCGAGACUCAAAAAUAAAUCGUGGAGGUUUUCACUAGUUGCCAAAGCAGUGCAAUCCAUUCUUGUCCCCGUUAGAGUCUCAUCUCUUUUCGGUCAUUACCAGCUUAAUCAACUGCAGCUUAAACAACAUAUAUUACUGGUUUAUUUUAUUCCCUUUCGUCUGACUCUUAAUGGAACCGCUCCAUCAAGGAGAAGAACUCCAAAGAUUUGCAUAAGUAUUAUUUAUUAAAGGGGAGAAAUUAUAAUUGAAAGUAUCACUCAGCUCGCUUCUAUAGAGACUUUUAAAGUAUGUAAAUGCGUUUUUUUUUUUUUUCCAGAAAAUGGGGUGAUGCCACAUCUUUGUACACUGAUCUGGAUUACUUUAUACCCUGUGUAUACCUUGUUUGUGUUUUUUUAUAUGAGAGUCCUGAUAAUAAACAUCUUUUAUCUGAUUCCACAGUA